AUGUCUGUUGACUCCGACGUGAUCAUCAUCGGCGCCGGGUUCUCGGGCCUGGGCUUCGCCAUCCAACUGCAGAAGCAGUAUCCGCAGGCGAGCUUCGAGAUCAUCGAGAAGACGGACAACGUCGGUGGAACGUGGUGGGUGAAUACGUAUCCCGGGUGCGGAUGUGAUGUGGCAUCCCAUUUCUACUCAUUCUCGUUCGCCCUCAACCCGGACUGGUCCCGUAAAUUCGCCUUGCAGCCUGAAAUCGCCGCGUACUGUCGCACCGUCGCGGACCAGUACAACAUCCCGCGUAAUGUGCGCUUCCGGUCGACCGUGCAGGAGGCCGCCUUCGACGAGUUGUCCGGCACAUGGCUGGUUACCGUGCUGGACCAGCGCAGUGGACGGGUGUACCAGCGCCGCGCGCGGGUGCUCAUCUCGGCCGUUGGAGCGCUGUCCGUGCCGCGAGACUGCGAGAUCCCCGGUGUGGAAAAGUACCAGGGACGGGUAUUCCAUUCCGCGCGGUGGGAUCACUCCUUCGACUGGGCGGGGAAGGACGUCGUCGUGGUGGGCAAUGGAUGCAGCGCGACGCAGUUCGUGCCGAUUCUGACGGCCGGCCGGCGCGCCGCGCGACAGGUCGUGCAGUUCAGCCGACAGGCGCACUGGCUGGCCGAGCGCCCGAACCCGGAGUACUCCGCCCUGUUCAAGUGGACGAUGCGGUACGUGCCGCUCGCCAUGCGCGCGUAUCGCUUUUACUUAUACUACCUAAUGGAGCGCGACUUCGCGGCGUUCUAUUCGGCGACGGGGGCCGCCCUGCGCGACGAGCAGAAGCGAGUGCAGACGGAGUAUAUCCGGCGCACGGCACCGGCACGAUACCGUGAUGCUCUCGUCCCGACGACGGAGAUCGGAUGCAAGCGCAAGGUGCUUGACACGGAUUACCUUGCGUGUCUGCAUCGCCCGAACAUGGAGCUGGUCUAUGAUGAUCCCGUGCAGACCCUCACCGAGACCGGGGUGCGCACGGAGUCUGGGAGAGACGUGCGCGCGGACGCAGUCAUCCUCGCCAACGGGUUCAAAACGCAGCAGUUGCUGCAUCCGCUCGUCAUUCGCGGCGAGAAGGGCGUUACCUUGAACGAACACUGGGAGAAGUUCUCCUCCGGCUCGGCGCAGGCAUACUACGGCACUUGCGUGUCGGGAUUCCCGAAUCUGUUCAUCCUGAUGGGCCCCAACACGACGACGGGCCAUCUCUCGGUCAUCUACUCGGUCGAAUGCCAGACUAACUUUGCCCUGCGCGUUCUCAAACCGAUUAUGCGCUCGCUGUACCCGUCUCCACUGUCAAUCCUGAACCCGUUCGCCGGCCGCUCCCCACCAGACACCGUCUCGGUGACGCCUGAGGCUGAGCAGCAGGACAACGCGUGGAUCCAGAGCGAAGCGAGCAAGUUGGUUUGGGCCACCGGCUGCACGAGCUGGUAUAUUGAUGCACGCACCGGCCGCAAUACCAUGCUCUACCCGGACUGGCAGUUCAAGUUCUGGCUGCGGAGUAUCUUCUUCCCGUUCUCACGGGACUUUGUGUUCAAGUCGAGCGCUGUGUGGCUGCCGGGUAAGUCGCAACAAAGGGAGAGACGGAGCGCGGUUGGUACUGUAGUUGCUGUGUCGGUUGGUCUGGGAAUGGCAGGUGUGGCAGCGGCAGUCUAUGCGCAUAAAGUAGAUGGAGAGUCUGCUUCGCUUUUCGUCCGUGAUGUGGAAGAAAAGGCGCUGGGGGUGCUUCGGUCGGGGGUGGAUGGUGUUGUUACUGUGUGGAGAGAUGUGAUGGGUUGA